AGAGGUAAUGCGCUUUUCAAUAUCAUUAUAGGCCAACCAAUCAUUGUUUUCCGACCCGAUGUUGCAUUGUCACAUGAAAACGAUGAAACUUACAAGGGUAGUUUGCAGAACUUUGAUGAACUGAAAAUUUGGGUGCAAGAAAAAUGUGUACCCUUAGUGCGUGAGAUUACAUUUGAAAACGCCGAGGAAUUGACGGAAGAAGGUUUACCAUUUUUGAUACUUUUCCACAAACCAGACGAUACCGAUGCGAUCAAGGACUUUAAGGCUAUCAUUGAAACUCAGUUGUUGGAUGAGAAACAGAAUAUCAACUUCCUAACUGCGGACGGUCAACGCUUUGCACAUCCGUUACAUCAUUUGGGUAAAUCAGACGACGACUUGCCAUUGAUUGCUAUCGAUUCAUUCCGUCACAUGUAUUUGUUCCCCAAAUUCGAAGAUAUGUAUCAGCCUGGCAAGCUGAAACAAUUUUUACAAGAUUUGUACAGUGGAAAAUUGCACAGAGAGUUCCACUAUGGUCCCGAUACAUCCGGUAAUGAGGUGCAAACCGAAUUAGUAUCAGGCAAAGGCACUUCACCGCCGGAAUCGAGCUUUAAGAAAUUGGGACCUUCGAAGAAUCGUUACACGCUACUACAUAAGGAUGAGCUGUAAGGCUGUAUUAGGCUUUAGGUUAAAUACAUACACAAGUAUACACCCAGAUACAUCUACACAUAAAUAUGUGCUGGUUGCACUUAAACUUGCACAGACAGACACCUGCUAAAUAACACCAAUCAAAACAAACAAUCAAUCAAUCUCAUAUGCUAAAAUACAACAAAAUUUAGAAAUAUGCAAGUUUUUUAAUACAUACAUAGUUAUGCUGCGUUUUUUUUUUUGCUUUAUACGUGCAUAUGUUUGUCUGUACACUCGUCGAUUGUCCAGAAUAUUGUUUUUCUUUUCUUUUCAAAAUGGGUGCAUAUUUUGUUUAUUCUUUUUAUUCUUUGCUAAAAACUACACGAAAUGUUAUUGUGAUUAUAGGUUUUUUUUUGUUUUACGAUAUAAAGAAAGUUUAUUUAAACUAUUGAAAAAAAUAGCACAUAAUAUUUUUUGAUGUAUGUAUGUUUUGCUAAAUACAGUAAUAAUUUUCCUUAUAGUAUGUACAUAUAUGGUAGCGUUAAGCUGGCUUUCAGUUGUACAUUUUUCAUUACAAUCCCUUUCAGUGUAAAUCACACAGUUGUAAAAAUAACUAUAUUUACUUUGGAUAAGUUUUUUUAAAGUUAGAAAAUGGAAUGUAUUUUUAUUUAAUUAAUUGCGCCGAAUACUAUGUUCCACAUAAAGUAGAGUGCGCUGAUUUUUUUCCUAAUAUUACUGAUGAAAUAAAAAUAUACUAAGGUAA